AUGGACGUCGUCCCCAUGUGCCCUUUAUCUUGGGGUCUCUCAGCAGGUGUGUAAUCCUUCCUCCUUGUUUUGAAAGACGAGGAAUGGAAAAUGACAUUGUUGUUCAUGCUGUGCGUUCAAUAAGGCCCCAGUGUUUGGUCUGUGAAGGCAACCAACCAUGUUGUCUGGUAAACGUAAUUAAUUUUUCACCGAACAAUACACUUCAGGACUUCUUAAGGCAUCAUCCACCACUUGUAGGGAUUUUUUGGGUUUAAUUUUUGUCACACAAAAGGUUCAUCAACACACUCGAGAUACCUCAUCAGUGGUAAACGUGGCAAAUCCUGGACCCAGGAGAGUAUAAAAGUGAUGGCUGUUCAGUUCGGUAGCAUCAUCAGUCAGGCGACAAGAGAAGCCACAACCACCGCCAACCAGCACCACCAAGACUGAGCUCCAGAAGACCCCUACAGAAACAGCCCAAAGAAUGAAGAUCUCCAUUGUCUCUGUGCUCCUUUCCAUUGCUCUGCUGUCCAGGUGCCACCUGCCGCUGGCAACGGCCUCCGCCCUAGGACGGACCGGGGACUUCAGCUCUGAGCAAGACGUCCUGACGCAGCUACUGGGCGAGGAAGCAGCCGAGGGCAGAGACGAGGGACCCAGGGUUAUCAUCGUGGGUGACGCGUCCCUCUGGGGGACUCUGCAGGCCCUGGAGAGGGUGGCCCUUCCUCACCCCGCCAUGCCAGAGAGCCUCCUGGGCACCACUGAGCGAAGGGACACGAACCAGGAGCCCAGCCCCAACUUCUCCAUCAUGCGCAGGGACACCAUGAGAUGCAUGGUGGGCAGGGUGUACCGGCCCUGCUGGGAGGUGUGA